CGCACCCUGGGGUCCUGCGGUGACACUUGCCUCCAUUCCUCUCCCGCCCUGCUGACGUAGACGCCCGGUAGCUUAGACCGAGCUGGUCCACCUAGAGGCAUCCCACAGAAUAUAAUCUGUCUGUCGGCUGCCUCCUCCGAGAUGGGAUCUCUCAUCCAUCUCCUUUUUUGUCUUCUGUGUGGUGUGUUCGUGCCCGUAUGUUCCUUUGAGUGCGUGCUACAGGACUUUAUUCUUGACCUUGAUAAGAUUUACCUAGAGUCUAACUGCAGAGCUGAUUGUGACUUUCCUGCUUAAUUUUCCAACAGUUUUAGAGGCCAGCUAGCCACUGUCCCAGCGAGACUAUACCUUUCUCAUCUCUUGAUUCAGGAUACCACUGCACACAACUCCAAGGCCACAGCCUGAUGAACCGUGGAGUUAAAGCAAGGAAACUUUGCGAGAUUUUCAGCACAUUCCAUGGCCGGACCCAGAGGUGCUGACGGUGAUGGUGCAGCUCAUCACCCUCAUCUUCAGAGAUCUCCAAGGAGACCUGAGACUCAGGCUCGGCUGUAUGAGCAAGUAUGCAGAUAGAGCAGACAGCAUGCUGUUAUUGCCUUUGAUGAAUACAUGGAACUCCAUCAGAUGAUGCGGAAAACAUUCUCAGAGUGAAAAACACAGCAAGGUCUCAUCAUACUCAAAAUAUCCAUCUGCUACAAAGUGUUUCCAGGAAAAUGGAAGGUGUGUUACUAAGCUGGAGAGCAUGGGGUUCCGAGUGGGGCAAGGACUGAUAGAAAGGUUUACGAAAGAUACUGCAAGGUUCAAGGAUGAAUUAGACAUCAUGAAGUUCAUCUGUAAAGAUUUUUGGACUACAGUAUUCAAGAAACAGAUUGACAAUCUGAGGACAAAUCAUCAGGGCAUAUAUGUACUUCAGGACAACAAAUUUCGACUACUCAUUCAGCUGUCUGCAGGAAAACAGUAUUUAGAACAUGCGUCCAAGUAUCUAGCAUUCACAUGUGGCUUAAUCAGAGGUGGUUUGUCGAACUUGGGAAUAAAAAGUAUUGUAACAGCUGAAGUCUCUUCAAUGCCUGCCUGCAAAUUUCAGGUGAUGAUACAGAAGCUGUAGAGCGAGCUGGCGACUCCUGGGCAGAGCGUUGCACAUCCUGAUUUCACCUCAUCGUUGGUUAUCUGCGUUGGAGCAAAUCGUUAUCUCACCAGAGUCACAUAGACCAAAUCAAAGUAGACACAGGUCCUUUGACCAUGACAGAAACUGACUGACCUAUUCAGUGAUUUCAGAGAACUAGACACCAAGAUGCAAGGCUCUUCAUUUUAAACAUCUUUAUUUCCAUAGGUGAUUAGCAUUUAACCAUCAAUAGGAAGUGAAACUCAGGGUGUGUUGAAUUGCUGUAUUAAAAAAAAUGCACCAAUCAGAAUAGUUUGUGUUCAAAUGACCAAAAUUUGUUGAACUAUAAAUCUGUUUUAGUUAUUUAAAAAAGCAAACCACUAUGUUAAAUUAAGCUUAAUUUUUAUUGUAUUGCUUAUAAUUUAUUUCUGUCGAGAGAAUUCAUAUGCUUAUGUAAGGAUAUCAUUUAUACAUUGUGUAUAUAUGUGUAUAUAUAAAUACAUGCAUUACUGUCUAAAUUA